CUCCCGCCGGGCGGGGCCGGUGCUGCAGUGAAGCAUCCUCAGCCUCAGCAUCAUUCGGAACUAGAACCAGACCGCAGAACUCAGAGACAUCCCGACAUCGAGCCGCCGGAACCAGAACCGCAGGAUGUUCAGCAGCGUGUCGGGUCGAAUCCAACACGAGCGGGACCGGGCCGAGGGCCUGGGCUCGGUCCAGCAGGCGGUCCAGUACCAGAACCAGGACUUCUGGGCCCUGAGGGAGGAGUGCCUGCAGAACGGAACCGUCUUCCUGGACCCGCUCUUCCCGGCAGAACCCGGCUCUCUGGGCUUCAAGGAGCUGGGCCCAAUAAGCGCCAAGACCCGGGGCGUGGAGUGGCGCCGGCCCACGGAGCUGUCGGCGGAGCCGCGGUUCAUUGUGGGCGGAGCCACCAGGACCGACAUCUGCCAGGGGGCGCUGGGCGACUGCUGGCUGCUGGCUGCUAUCGGAUCUCUGACUCUCAACCAGCAGCUGCUUCAUCGGGUGGUUCCUCAUGGCCAGGACUUCAGCCACCUGUACGCCGGCAUCUUCCACUUCCAGUUCUGGCAGUUUGGCAAGUGGGUGGACGUGGUGAUUGACGACCGGCUGCCGGUUAAAGAUGGAGAGCUGCUGUUCGUCCAUUCAGCUGAGGGAAGCGAGUUCUGGAGCGCCCUGCUGGAAAAGGCCUACGCCAAGCUGAAUGGCUCGUAUGAGGCCUUGUCCGGCGGCAGCACCACUGAAGGUUUUGAGGACUUUACUGGAGGCGUGGCGGAGAUGUAUGAGCUGAAAAAAGCUCCCAGAGAUCUCUACCGGAUCAUCGGCAAAGCUCUGGAGAGAGGAUCGCUGCUGGGAUGCUCCAUAGACAUCACCAGUGCCUUUGACAUGGAGGCCGUUACCUUCAAGAAGCUGGUGAAAGGCCACGCCUACUCAGUGACUGGUGUCAGACAGCUGGAGUACCGCGGGCGGCAGGAGCGUCUGAUCCGGAUCAGGAACCCCUGGGGUCAGGUGGAGUGGACCGGCGCCUGGAGCGACAGCUCCUCAGAGUGGAACGCCAUUGAUUCUGCAGAAAAGGAUGAGAUGCUGUGUAAGAUGGAGGAUGGAGAGUUCUGGAUGUCCUUCCAGGAGUUUCUGCAUCAGUUCUCACGUCUGGAGAUUUGCAACCUGACUCCAGAUGCACUGAGUCAGGAUGCCACCAGCUUCUGGACCACCGUGACGUACGAGGGCAGCUGGAGGAAAGGAAGCACAGCUGGAGGCUGCAGGAACCACCCCAACACCUUCUGGAUCAACCCUCAGUACAAGAUCACUCUUCUAGAGGAGGACGAUGACCCUGAGGAUGACCAGGCCGCCUGCAGCUUCCUGGUGGCUCUGAUGCAGAAGGACCGCCGCCAGUUCCGCCGCCACGGCGAGGACAUGCACACCAUCGGCUUCGCCAUCUAUGAGAUUCCCAAGGAGUUCCGAGGUUCUGCAGGUGUCCACAUGAAGAAGGACUUCUUCCUGCGCCGCUCCUCCUGCGCUCGCUCUGAAAGCUUCAUCAACCUGCGGGAGGUGAGCUCCAGGUUCCGCCUCCCGCCCGGAGAGUACCUGAUCGUCCCGUCUACGUUUGAGCCCUCGAAGGAGGCAGACUUUGUCCUCAGGGUUUUCACUGAGAAACAGUCGGAGACCGAGGACAUGGACGAUGUGUUGGUGGCCAACCUGGAUGAGGAGGAGGAAAUCUCUGAGGGUGACAUUGACGACUCCUUUAGGUCCUUGUUUGCUCAGCUGUCCGGAGACGACAUGGAGAUCUCAGUGCGGGAGCUCAGAACCGUCCUCAACAGGGUCGUCUCCAAACACAGAGACCUGCAGACGGAUGGAUUCAGCAUGGAGUCCUGCCGGGCCAUGGUCAGCCUUAUGGACAAAGACGGCAGCGCUCGGCUCGGUCUGCUGGAGUUUCAGAUCCUUUGGAACAAGAUUAGGAAGUGGCUGGGGAUCUUCAGAGAGUUUGAUCUGGAUAAGUCUGGCUGCAUGAACUCUUAUGAGAUGCGUCUGGCGCUGGAAAACGGCGGGUUCAAACUGAACAACAAGCUGUAUCAGAUGUUGAUCGCUCGAUACGCCGACAAUGAAAUCAUCGACUUCGACAACUUCACCUGCUGCCUGGUCAAACUGGAGACCAUGUUCAGAAUCUUCCAGGGCCUGGACAGAGACGGGACUGGAACUGUGGAGAUGAACCUCAUGGAGUGGCUCUUUGUGACCAUGUGUGGCUGAAACCCAGAGCGCCCCCAAGAGGACAGAUGAGAGCAAAACACCCAGACUGAGAAGAUGCUGCUGCUCCACUGAGCUACAAAACGUCCACAAUACUACAGAGUCGCUAUCAUAAUCAUAAUAAUUAUAUAAUAAUUACUGGAUAGGACAGCAAGGCUACAGUGUUGAGCCUCAGUCUGAUUUUAAGUGUAUUUAUUAUAUUAAUUAGUAUUUACCUGUUAUCAUCAUAUCAAUAUCAUAUCAAUUAUCAUAUCCUUCACUAACAUGCAUGAAUCCACCAAGCUCAGCUUAACCUGAGAGGACUCACCUGGUCACUCAAAUUGAGAACACACAUUCAUUCAUUCAUCCAUUCAUUCAUUCAUUCAUUCAUUUCUACUGACCUGCAGCUGGGCUCCACCGGGUCGUCUAACCCAGAACCGACCAACAGUCCUGCUGUUCCUGAGCUCUUCCUCCCUCCUGCUGUACCACUUUGACCUGAUAGAGGGCGCUGUAGCUCCUCGGUAUUUAUGCCUGUGAGAACCUGCUCAGGGUUUAUUGAACCCACAGCUUUAAUAAAGUGAAGCAGAUCAGC